UAUAUUUCGGUAUAUUUUCGGGGGUCAGUCACACUGUUAGAAACGCUGCCUGAAGAGAGUUUGUUUUAAUUUUUGCAACAAGAUUCGCGAAAAGCCUUUGAGAAAACCCACGGAUUAACACUGAAAUCCAGCGGCUUGGAGUGCAUUUAGCAUACGGUGUGCAAAACAGCGUGCACAAUGUGGCCACAAACGUUGGAAAUGUCGCGGGACGAAUGCCGAGGCAUGCUGCGUCGACUUGAGCUUGAAUCCUAUUCGCAUAUAAUAAGCGUUUUUCGCGCGCAAGGCUCGCUGAGCGAACCAAAGGGCAAAAUGCUGGAGGAACUGCGACAACUGUUUCACAUAACCCCGGAGCGUCAUCGGGCGGAGGUGCGGCGCGCCGUCAACGAUGAACAGCUCUGCACCAUAGCCGAAAAUGUCUGCGGUCCGAACACCUGGCAGGAAUGGUCGCGCGAAGGUCGUCGUCCGUAUCCGCUGCUACCGCGUAUCAGUCCCCAAACGGCGCUCAGCAUUGUGGCCAACGAUCUGGCGGCGAAGGCGUGUCUGGAAAAUGCGAAACUAUUGCCGCCCGCCGAAACGGGGGCCCACUAUGCCGAUGCCCUCAUCGAUCAGGCCAACCUAAUGGCACUGAAGCAUGGCCGGAACAGGGCCCAGGAACACGGUCCGACGUUAGUGAUCAUGGAUGAGCCGUUCAAAGUACCCGAUGUCCCCAACGAGGUAAAGAAGGCCAUACAGAAGCGCAAGGAGAACGAGGGCAUUGAUGCCAAGCUCAACAAGAAGCGACACAUGCAACAGCAGCAGCAGCACGAAAAGCUGGAUCAUCAACUUCACCACCAGCAACAUAUGCACGUGCUGGGCCAGCUACCCGGACAUCAGACUGGCGCACAGGAGGACGGCGAGAUGAUGCCAGUGGAGCCGCGACCCAGUCCAAGGACGCAGCAGCAGCGCUUCUUCUACCAGCAGCAGCAGAAGCACAAGCAACGGCUGGCCAGCAAGCGCAAUCUGGCCAACAGCUUGGGUCCCUAUCCCGGUGCCGUAGCGGCGGGUAGGGCGGCAGCAGCGUCAGCUGCCACAGACUCUGCGAAGCGAGUGGCAGCACCGGCCAAAAGCGGACGACGGGCACAGAAGCAAUUGCAGCAGCAGCAACAACAGAAGAUGCAGCAACAGCAGCAGCAAAAAGUAUUAUUGCCCGUACCGGAGGCGGCGGGCAAUCAUUUGGUGGUGCAAUCACAUGUGGAAUACAUCCUGGACGAGGCACUCAAGUCGGUAUGUGCCACCACAGCGACGCCAGCGCCCGCACCCGCACCCACACCAAUGCCAUCCCCAUCGCCCACCGUUAUGGUGUCGCCACCCACGGGCUUCAUGAACAAACUGAAGCCAGCCACGAGAGUCGUGUAUGGUCCGACAACAGGAGCAGCAGAGAUGGGUUCGCCCACAACGCCCGGUGCCCCCAGUCGGGUCUUUGCCAACUCGCCGAUUGUCUUUAAAGAGAAACUGCAGCCGAGCGUGGUGCCCGUCCAGGUGCAGGUGCAGAGCCACACGCCUGUCAAGAAGUUCAUUAUGGAGGAAAGGCAGCCGGACACCACACCAGCGGUGCCCACAUUACCCGUGACGCCCACUAUACCCAUGCCCAUCUCGACGGCCAAUCUUCCACUAGCUCCGCAAAUCAUCAGUGUCCAGCAGAUACCGGCCCCGCCCAUGGGGGCCAAGCUACGACCUGCUCUGGGGCUGCUGAAUCCAACAGGCAGCAGCACCACCACCACCACCAUUCUCCCACCCGGCACCAAGCUGACGCCGAAGAAGAUCAAUUUCCUUGACGGCACACCGCUCGAUGUCAAGCCCAAGACCUUGCCCAGUUCGGCGGUGCGACUACUGCCCUACACGACGGAUACGACGGCCACAGCCGUUGCCACCCCGUCCUCGCCGCAGGCCAUGUCCAGCAAUCUCAAGGAGCAGCCGCGGGGUACAGUCACGCCUCUCAGCAGCGCCUCCACGGUGAAUAUCAUCAAGAAUAUACCGGCCAGCAGCUUGAACAAUACACUUAUUACGCCUCUGGCGACGUCUACGGCAACGGGCACACCUAUCUUUCGUGCAAAGGGCCCAUCUCAGCCGCAGCAGCUGCCGCCAGGCAGUGUGACUGUCAAGGCAGCGGGUACAGGCGGUGCAUCUACCACCACUGGGGGCCCACAGAUACUGGGAAACAUCAAACUGACGAGCGGCGGCACAGGGACGGGCAGUCCCCUAAACAUAAAGCAGGUGCACAGCAGUGCCCUACGCAACAUCAAGAUCUGCUCGCCCAAUGGCAAGGUGUUCCUGCAGCCCGGGAAACUGACCGCGGGCAGCAUCAUCCACAAGCUGAACAAUGUGACGGGAGCGAGCGGGACGACAACGACAGUUGCCACGGCGUCCCUUUCGCCGACUGGGGGGAUGUCACAUCCGUCCAGCUCUCCGCAUCAGAGGUUCAACCUACAGAAGAUGCAGAUUAUGCCGGCGCACACGCAAGUGAUGUCCAGUGUGGUAACCAGCAGCAGUUCAAAUACAAUCACCGUGACCAGCGGGACCGGGACAUCAUCGAGCAGUGCCAAGCUGACAACAAAGCCCACCACCCUGACAUUUUCCACUGGCGCUGGGGGGAAAAACAAUCUGGUGUUCCUGCCGGCCAGUGCGGCGAGCGGUAUGCGAGCCGUGACGCUGAGCACGAAGCCCAAGCCGAGUGUCCUGGUCAUUGGUGCCUCCACCUCGGCCUCAGUAGUCUCGCCAACGGCAGCCUCAGUCUCGCCCAAUAUUCUCACAGGGAGCAGCAGCAGCAGCGGCAGCUCAGCGAAACCCAAACCGAAUCAACUAAUUACAGAGGACACGCCCAUCGAUAUUAUCAAUAUGCCCAUCAUUGUGGCCGAUAAUGGGACGACGGCGAUGGAGCCGAAGGUCAAGUCCGGGCCUUUGGUGGUACUCAAUGCCACCGACUGGGAGAUGGAGUUGGAUCAGGCGGCCACCCAGACAGUGACAACAACAAAUUCUUCCAAACAGAGUCUCGAUGAUGUCAUUAUCGAGGAUGUGGAUGUGGAAGACGAUGAUGUGGUGGCAGUGGAAGUGGAAACGGAACAGGACACCGAGCUCAACAAUCGCAUCAUUGAACUGCAUCCAGAGGAUGACAGCGCAAUCGAGUAUGUGGACAUGGAUCUAGAGCAGCCCAUUGAGAUUGAGAGCACCAGCAACAUAUCUCCAGAGACGGCUACAACAGCGAAUUCCCUGAUGGCAGCUAUCGUUUCACACGGGGGUCAUCCAACGCAGCUAAAGACGAAGCAGCAGGCAAUGGAGCAGCCACUGGCCACCACACUGUAAAAAAAGCAGCAGCCUGUUAAAUCAUUGUUAAACGGAGUUGGAGAAGAGAGUGUUGCAAGAACGCACAGCAGCAGCAGGAUUCGGUUUGAAUUAGGUUUAGAUUUUCAGUCUUAGUCUCAAUGUCGAGAUGUGUCUCUUAGAUAUCUCUGUCUUUUGGGGCAAAGUGCAAGAUUACCUUAUACAUAAUUUUCUUAAUUUGAACGAAAAGAAGCAACAAUAUUUUUAAUGGCCAAAAUCAGUUUAGAAUAACCCAUAAACAGCCUCCCAAUUCGUUCUAAACAUUAUCGUAUACGUAGUUAAAGGAAGGUUUCUUUUUUUCGGUUAUAAAUAUUUAAAACCUCUCUCUCUCUCUACUGUACAUAGGGCCCAUUGCCAUUGACGUCUAACCCUUUUUGCCGGGGAUUCCUCUCUGCAGAACCUUACCUUGUAUUUUGUAUAGAUUGUAUAUAGAGUCUACGAUUCAUCCAUCCCUCCCACCCCAAAUCAUCAUCAUCAACAGCCCCAGCCCCCUAUAACAACAUUAUUUUGCCUAGCAUAGUUUCAUUUUAGUUUAGUUUUCUAAGUUUAUGAUCGAAAUUACACGCAAAAUAACACACACAAAAGCAGGAAAUAAGAAGAAAGGUAAAAAUUGUUUUAAUGUUCAAAACUUGGAAGAAAUAAUUCUUAGUUCGUAUGAGAUUAUAGAGCAUAAAUCGCGCGACGACCCCCCAACCAGGAUAUGAACAUGUAAAUAAACAUCAUAUGAUGAAUUUCGAAAAUCCAAACAAGCCCCUAUACCGCAUAUAUAAAUAUAUACAUAUGUAUAGAUUCUAUCACCC